AUGUUGAAGCAAGGUCUUAGGAACGCAUUACGCACUAGGCAUCUGUUUUACCAGCUUGGGGAGGAUGUCAAGGAUACACAUCAUAGUUUUUAUGGUGGGCUACGCAGUUAUGCUACACAUAAGCUUUCAGAAGAUAUAAAGCUAGAUACACACACUGAUAUUCAAAGUGCCACUAGGGCACAGGCCCAAACUAGGACAGGAUCAGUUUCAAGUGCAGCUGUGGAGUCUGGCACUACAGCUUUAAAGCAUGCUUAUCAAGAAUCCGCUGACCACGGUACAAGGCCGAUUUAUCUGGAUAUGCAGGCAACGACUCCAACUGAUCCACGAGUUGUGGAUACAAUGUUGAAGUUCUAUACUGGUUUAUAUGGUAAUCCGCAUUCAAACACGCAUAGCUAUGGGUGGGAGACAAAUCAACAUGUUGAAGCAGCAAGAAAGUAUGUUGCAGAAGUUAUCAACGCAGACCCAAAAGAGAUAAUUUUUACCUCUGGUGCAACGGAGUCAAAUAAUAUGGUACUCAAGGGUGUACCCAGGUUUUAUUCGAAGACUAAGAAACAUAUUAUUACCAUGAGAACUGAACAUAAAUGUGUGUUGGAAGCCGCUCGGGCCAUGAAGAAUGAAGGUUUUGAAGUUACCUUUUUAGGGGUUAACAAUCAAGGAUUAAUUGAUUUGAAUGAAUUAGAGAGCGCAAUAAGGCCAGAUACCUGUCUAGUGUCUGUUAUGGCGGUGAAUAAUGAAAUCGGUGUUAUGCAACCGAUUAAAGAGAUAGGGGCUAUUUGUAAGAAACAUAAAGUUUAUUUUCAUUCAGACUGUGCACAAGCAUAUGGUAAGGUACCCAUUGACGUUAAUGAAAUGAAUAUUGACUUGCUAUCGAUUUCUUCGCAUAAGGUCUAUGGUCCUAAAGGUAUUGGUGCACUUUAUGUAAAGAGAAGGCCUAGGGUGAGACUAGAGCCUUUAUUUUCUGGAGGUGGCCAAGAAAGAGGGUUGCGCUCGGGUACUUUGGCACCACCAUUGGUGGUUGGCUUUGGUGAAGCAGCUAGACUGAUGAUGCAAGAGCGUGAAAGUGAUACUGCUCAUAUAAAGAGGCUCUCCAAUAAAUUGUUGGACGGGUUGCUAUCUAUUGAACAUGCCACGUUGAAUGGUUCGCCAGAACACCGUUAUCCUGGUUGUGUUAAUGUUUCAUUUGCUUAUGUUGAAGGUGAGUCUCUUUUAAUGGCCUUGAGAGAUAUUGCUUUAAGUUCUGGCUCGGCUUGUACAUCUACAUCUUUGGAACCAUCUUAUGUUUUACACGCAUUGGGCAAAGAUGAUGCGUUAGCCCACUCUUCCAUAAGAUUUGGUAUAGGUAGGUUCACCACAGAUGAAGAGAUUGAAUAUGUUAUAAAGGCAAUUGUUGAAAGGGUUCAGUUCUUAAGAGAGUUGUCUCCUCUUUGGGAGAUGGUUAAAGAAGGUAUUGACUUGAAUUCAAUUGAAUGGUCUGGUCACUAA